AUGAAAACGUGUCAGUUUGUCACUUUCACAAGGUUGGAGUAAUAACAUGUUCAACUACUUAGGCCGUUUGCUCGAAUCUAGGUUGUACUCCUCAAACACCGGCUUGGAUAUUUGGUCUAUUUUCGCAAGCUGUUUCCCGGAAGUCUUCGAAUGUUGCGCUUCUGGGUUUAGAAACUCAAUGGCAAUACGCAACAAAGCGUCCAGGCGGCUGGAAAACCACUCGAAGAAGAAGAAAUGGGUCAGUCGAAGACCGCGGAUUGGAUGAUGAGUUCGAAUCAAGCAUCGCGUCGGGCAAAGUUUGUGAAGAUGAACGUUAUGAAUGGACAACACUAGUAUCGAAAACUGGAACCUGUGUAGGGUUUUUUUAGCUGAAAAGUUUUGUGAUUUAGUUCAGUUUAUUUAUUUUAGUUUGGUCGUUUAUUUUUGUAUUUUGUUACAUUUUUGGGAACCCUGUUUCCAUCCCGCACUGUAGGUGGCGGAAUGCACAUUACAUUGUGCGAUCGCCAAUAUACCAUAGAAGAAGAUCUUCGUCAUAUCCUCCUAUCUUUCGUUGCCGCAUGUUUCCUCUGAUAUUUGUGGAUCAGGUAGAAACAUGAACCAAGAAAAAUUAGCAAAACUUCAAGCCCAGGUCCGGAUAGGAGGAAAGGGCUCUGCACGUAGGAAGAAGAAGGUCGUACACAGGACGGCAACAGCCGACGACAAAAAACUUCAGAGUUCGUUAAAGAAAUUAGCUGUCAACAACAUUGCUGGUAUUGAGGAGGUAAACAUGAUCAAGGAUGACGGCUCAGUGAUUCACUUCAACAACCCCAAAGUGCAGGCAUCUCUGUCGGCCAACACUUUCGCUAUCACCGGCCAUGCCGAGACCAAGCAGCUUACGGAGAUGCUGCCGGGCAUCCUCAGCCAGCUGGGCGCCGACAGCCUCACCAGCCUGCGCAAACUAGCAGAGCAGUUCCCUCGACAAGUGCUUGACAGCAAAACCCCUAAAGCAGAAGAUAUUGAAGAAGAAGACGACGAUGUCCCAGACCUGGUGGAGAAUUUUGACGAAGCAUCAAAGAAUGAGGCAAACUGAUUGAUCUUCCCCUUCUGACCCCAUACAAGGAUUGGAACUGCAAUUAAGAAACUAAGGCGACUUCUCUGAUGUUUUAACUUCUAGCUACGAAGACCUAUCAUUUCAAACACUAUCCCGUCAACCAGAGACUUGUGUAUUUUGAAAUGUCCCAAGGAUGCAGUCCUUAUCAGACUUGCUUGCUCACUUAAACUCCCAACACAUUGGUCAACGGUCCAGUACUUUUCACCACAUUGUUAGUCUCGAACAGGAUUGCGGUGGUCAUUUUAAUUAAAGCUAGUCUUAAUAAUCAUUUUGUUUUACGAAACAAAAUAAAGGUGAUUAACAUUU